AUGGUUCGGAAUUCAUGGAACGUGCCCCAUUUGUCGAGCCUGAAAACAGGCGCUUCUCAGGCAACUUCAGCAACAACAUCAGACAGCUCAGAAUGUGGUUUGUGGGGCUCGGUUCGACUCACCUACACAAUAUGCGCCUUUUUGUCCAACAUUCUGCAAAUGGCUUUGAGGAAUAUGCUGGGUCUGGUCAUCUUGCGUAUGGUCAAGGCACGUCCGGAAGAUGCACUCCUCUAUUCACCGGAAUAUCAAUUUAAUAAUCUGACAGCAAUGUCAAAUUGUGGCAAUGAAGUGUUUGAGCCAUCUGCCCGACUUGAUGUCGCUCAGCAAACGGGUGAUCUAGAAUGGACGCGUAAUCAGGAGCUGACAUUUCCGGGCACAUUUUACUAUGGCUAUGUGAUAGCAUUACCCUUGGCUGGACACUUGGCGGAUCGAUUUGGUGGCAAGCUACUCUUCAUUAGUUCGUUAGCAUUGCAAGCUUUGGCCUUCUUAUUGCUGCCAUUUAUUGCACCAUUCAGUUACAUCGCGGCAGUCAUAACUUUGGUGUUGGCUGGAAUAUUUGGCGGCUGCGGAGCACCGCCUUUGUAUCAGUUGUUUGUCACUUGGGCUCAUCCCACGGAACGCACUUGGAUGCUUUCCUUUGCCUAUAGCGGCAUGAUCGUGGGCUCUAUUUGCAUCUAUCCACUGGCCAAUUAUUUGAGUGACUUUGGCUGGAAAGUGCCAUUCUUUGUGCUGGGUGGCAUUACACUUUUAUACGGUAUUAUUUGCAAUUGGUUCAUAUAUAAUAGCUUAGACGAUCACCCACGUGUAACGGAAGCAGAGCGGACUUAUUUACAGCCCACAGGCUGUGCCCAAGCGCCACAGCAUUUUAGUACACCUUGGAGAUCAUUGUUGACCUCAGCGCCGGUUUAUGCUUUUGUCUUUACCCAUGUCUUUCACAAUUAUGGAUUUCUUUUGCUUUCGCUGAAUGUACCGCGUUUUAUGAGUGAAGCCAUGCAGUUCAAUAUGAAGGAGAUUGGUUUUCUUGCAUCGGCUCCAUUUCUUGGCAGUUUUUUCUCUAAGCUUUUAUGCGUCUUUAGCUGCUCCUAUUUCGAGGGGCGAUUUGUUUCACAACUCGGCUUUUUGCGCCGACUUUUAUAUGCCACAUGUUGCUGUGCUACUAUCUGUUUAAUAGUUGUCAUCAUUCUAGCCAGUUGCAAACAGAAGACACUUGUCUUGCUAAUGUAUUUCCUAGUGGGUCUCACUACAGAUCUGGCCUUUAGUGGCGGUUAUUGGCCGACUUUAUUGUAUUUUGCACCAUCGUUCGCCGGACUUAUUUCGGGCCUAGCCAACUGUUUGGCGCAUAUCUCUGGAUUUGCAACUCCGCAUCUCGUUGCUGCUUUGGUGCAUUCCGGCAUAAAAUCAGAAUGGAACUGGGUUUUAUUAACUUAUAUAUUCUUUAAUGCUCUUGCCAUGAUUGUUUUUGGGCUGUUUAGUAGUUCAAAACUUCAGGAAUGGGAUCCUCGAUGUCAACAAGUCACAAAGUCAUCAGAUAUUAGCAGUUCUAACAGAAAGCCAUCAAAUACCUGUUAAAUAGAAUCAUGUAUUUGUAAAUUUAUGUUUCAUUUAUUCAGUCUCUUUUAUUGUAAGUGCAAGUUAAAAGUUAAAGUUAAAUUAUUAUAUAUUAAAUUAUCUGUUUGUAAGUGUAUAUUGUUUUAAGUUUAAUUGAAUCGAAAAUUACUUAGAAAUCAAUAAAUAU